GAGAUCGCGUAUGGGGGUUGCGGUUAACACGCGCUAACCGCAGAGCUGACAUAAGCUCCGCGCGCAAAUCGGCUGCCCGAACGAGCGGCCUGCCAUCGCCAUUCUGGUUGUCCGCAGUAGUUGCAAACGAGCAUUUACGCGGUUCGGAAGCUGGCGCACGGUCCGAGGAAGUGUACGCGUAGCAUUAAAAGUUAAGAAGGUGUAGUGCCGAGAACGGCCGCUGUCUCGAACGUUCCGUGUUCUGCUUUAGCUGUGGUUUGCAAAACGACCUUGCCUUUUUAGUUUAGUGCAAUAACAACAUUUGCAAUCACGAUGGCAAAUCCGUUGGUCAACUCCUGUUGCCGGUGUUACUCGCUCCGCAGUGGAUCCAUUGCGACCGGUAUUCUCGGCAUUCUGCUCUCGAUCAUCUCCAUCAUACUGAUCUUCACCGUGCGGAUCGACUUUAAAACCAUCCUGAUGGACUGGUUGCCGCAAAACGUGGUGAAAAUCAUCUACGCCCUGAACCUGGUCAUGACCAUCCUGAUCUCGCUGCUGAUGAUUAUGGGUGUGAUGAAGAAAAAUCACUUCUUCAUGAUGCCGUGGGUUGUGCUCGGGCUGAUGCUUGCGAUUGGAUUGCUAAUCAGCGUGAUUUACAAUGCGGUCGUAUACUUCAUCGAUGGUUACGUGCUGGGCGGAACGCUUUGGAUAGUGGUUGGACUGAUCUCCGUUGUUAUAUACGUAUACCUGUGGAUCGUAGUCUACAGUUACUUUGUAACGCUCAAGAACGAAAACGAUCGGGGCCGGUACUCGAAGCAGCCAUACCGUCGAUAGACGGACAACCCGUCUCCGGUCACAUCACGUCACAAAGCGCUUCUGCGUUUCCGGAAGCGACUCGCCAUCUCUUUUACUUGUUAUACUUUUUCUUUUAUUAAUGUUUAAUCAAAUUUUCUUAGUACCACAAUCAGAUUGUGUAACGUUAGUCACUAUUGUACAUAAUUAGGCGAUCGUAGUUAGCAGCAGCAGCAGCAGCAGCAAAAGCAAGGAAACAAAACAGAGCAACUUAACAAACUGAAAAGAAAACUAAUUGCCAAGCAAAUGGAACAAAUAAUCGAACAACACGCACAAAAUUAAGCGCUGUGCUGUUUGAAAAGGGGGUUUGCAUAGUCGUAGGGAAGAGAACUAACUUAUUUUGCAUUACGUUUUUGAUUCUUGUUUGACUGACAACUCUCGGUGUACUCAUUAAAUAUGGUUAACAACCCGUUACUGACACAUGGAUCGUUA